CUAUAGCCUUUCCACGAAAGAUGAACGUAAAGACCCGAAAGAUGCCUUUACGCACUGAUUUUGCGCGUGAUGCCUCAUGAGCGCAUAGUCAAAACAGCAGGAGCGGUUUGGAAGGAUAUCAACGGAGCGCGAAGAGGAGAGUUAUCAGUUGGUAAACUUCUCUCAUCCGCCCGUCCGCUUAAAUUCUGGAAUAAGCUGGAGCUGCGUGCAGAAGAGCAUGGCUCAGACAAUCCGAAACUGUAGCUUCUGCGCUCACUCGCUUCAUUUGAACCAAGGCAUUUAGACGACAACCAAGAGUGGGACCAAGGGUUCAAAGGAGCAUAUUAAUGGGAAUUCUGUCAUGGUAUAUUUUUCCAGUCACUCAAACUAAACUGAAAAGCACCGCUCAGUUUGUGAAAAAUAGAAAUGGCUGGUCAUGGGAUACUCAGUAACGUUUUCUCCUGCUCCUCGCCAACAUCCAAAACCAUCUCAAAAAGGAAAUUGCGACAAACUCGGAGCCUCGACCCUGCCAUUAUAAGGAACUGUGGCACCGAAACGGGUGGAACCUUUGGGGGUCGCUUGAGGUCUCAAUCACCGGGAUUGCGCGUAGAGGACCCGGGUGCGUUUUUAUCCUCGCCAACUUCUCCUGAGCAGCUGGUUGCGUUCCAACCGGAUUCCCCGUCCAGAAACCUGAGAGUAAAACCACCGCUUCCGUCUUGCUCUGGUCCCUCCACACCUUUGGACCUCUCCCCAACAUCGGACGUAUGCUUUGAUUAUGAUGUGACCGUGAGGGGCGCAAAGCGUUAUACCGCCUGGGAUUUACCGUUUCUGGUGAGGAGCACUAGCGUUACUACAGCUGGUAGUGCGAACACACUAUUCUCGCCUCGGAGGUGGCUUCAGAAGAAGUUGCAGCAGACCAGUUCUCGCGCCUACAUCGUUUGGAAGUCUGAGGGCGACUUCACCUGGAACAGCCAGUCAGGGCGGAGUGUGCGCCUGACCCCGACGGCCAUCCAGAGCCUGUCAGAGUUAGAGCGGGUCCGACUACAGGAGGUCGCGUUCAACAGGCUUCAUCAGGACUACGACCUGGGCUGCCAGAUCACCAUCCCAAAAGAUGGACAAAAAAGGAAGAAGUCAUUACGGAGGAAGCUGGAUUCCUUGGCAAAAGAGAAGAAUAAAGAUAAAGAAUGCGCCCCCCAGGCCUUUGGCAUGGCCCUGUCCCAGGUGAUCGCCAACGACCGGACCCAAAGGCAGCGACAGGACAGCUUGCGCCAGGACCCGCCCCCCAGGGACGAGCAUAAAGACCCGUCGGACCUGGUGUCAUCCAUACUGCAGUUUGCCACCAAGAGACCGUCCAACAAGGAGCUGUCCAGUAGUAACUCCUCCCUCAGCUCCACCUCCGAGACGGCGAACGAAUCCACGUCGCCCAACACGCCCGAGCCCGCUCCGCGAACCCGCAGGAGGGGAGCGAUGUCAGUGGACUCCAUCACAGACUUGGACGAUAAUCAGUCCCGCCUCUUGGAGGCGCUGCAGCUGUCUCUGCCCUCCGAGGUGCCCAGCAAGAAGGAGAAGCACCGGGACAAGAAGCUGAGCCUCAACCCCAUCUACAGGCAGGUGCCUCGCCUUGUGGACAGCUGCUGCCGACACCUGGAGAAGUAUGGUCUUCAGACAGUGGGCAUAUUCAGAGUCGGGAGCUCUAAGAAGAGAGUGAGACAGCUGAGGGAGGAGUUCGACCGGGGAGUGGACGUCCGGUUGGACAAGGAGCACAGCGUCCACGACGUGGCGGCGCUCCUGAAGGAGUUCCUCAGAGACAUGCCCGACCCUCUCCUCACCAAGGAGCUCUACACCGCCUUCAUAAACACCAUGCUGCUAGAUUGCGAGGAGCAGCCGAGUGCCACCCAGCUCCUGAUUUACCUGCUCCCUGCCUGUAACUGUGACACGCUCCACCGCCUCCUCCAGUUCCUCGCCACCGUGGCCAGCCACGCCCACGACAGCCUGGACAAGGAUGGACGUCAGGUGACCGGGAACAAGAUGACAGCCCUGAACCUGGCCACCAUCUUUGGUCCCAACCUGCUGCACAAGCAGAAGAGUUCGGACAAGGAGUUCAGCGUGCAGAGUUCCGCCCGCGCCGAGGAGAGCACCGCCGUCAUCGCUGUCCUCCAGAGGAUGAUUGCUGCUUUCCACUCCCUUUUUAUGGUGCCUCCGGACAUACAGAACGAGGUCUUGAUGAGUUUGCUGGAGACGGAUCCGGAUGUGGUCGACUAUCUGCUCCGGAGGAAGGCCUCGCAGAGUCCCGACCUGUUGCGACCGGACGAGCCGUUCUCCCUGAGCGAGAGGCGGUCUUCCAGUGACUCGAACAAGGUCUCCAGCGGGGAGGUGUCGCCCUACGACAAUAACUCCCCCGUCCUGUCGGAGCGCCGGAGCGAGGGCACUGGUCCGGAGAGGCUCUUCCGUGACCCGGGGCGGGGCGCCCUGGUGGGGCAGACGGCGGGGCGGACGCGGGACACCCACGAGUCCAACCCCUGGGUCUCAAAAGAGGAGCAUGCUGACAUCUGGGGAGACUGGCAUUCCACUUUGAAGCCAGGGCUGAAAGACCAACUUCGCGCAGGUUCCCAUGGCAACAUGUCGGAAGGCAGCCCACGCGGCUCUCGGGAAGGAGUUGACAGUCUCCAGUGUGACGCCAAGCAGUCGGUUCGACGGAUACAGACGUCGCCGGGUGCGUCCGAGUGCAGACCCCACCCCCCUGUGACACGGGUCCGCAGCAGCCCUCAGGGCAAGGUAGGACAGCCGCCCCUCCAGCUGAGGCUCGACCCUGUGACCCCGCCCCACCCCGACGUCGACGGCCAAUCAGCAGCCAGCAGCACAGAGGACCUGCGUCUCCUCCAGCAGGGCACUGGACACCAGGCCAACCUUAUCUCCGCCCACUCGGUUCCCAACCUCUCGGGGCGCCCUCCCCCUCCUCUGUACGGAGGCUCGUCAUCCAGGCUCCCCGGUACCGCCCCCAAACCGGCCCGGCCUGCCACCUUCUCCGUCACGGCACCCCCCUACCGGGAUCCCGCGCAGGGCGGUAAGCAGUCAGUUAUGCAGAACUCGGUGACCCCGCCAGCAGACAGCAUGGCGCCAAUGAGUCCGGAGUGGCAGGACUGGCAGAGGGAUCGUUGGCAGAUCUGGCAACUUUUGUCCUCUGAAAAUGUGGACACACUGCCGGAGACACUGGUGUGAGCCGGACCAUGGUACUGGGGCUGGUACGGGGGAUGAGGGUGGACGGUUUUAGAGAUUGGUGCCGUGGAUGAGUUUGGACGGUACCGUGGAUGAGUGUGAGCUAUCCUUCCCUUCUAAACGUGGAGGCUAUGGUUUACACGUGCUGAUGUCUUUACUGGGGCUGUGUUCAGACUGGACCACUGGCGUUUUCUAUUUGCUAUGUGUUGAUCUGCGACUGAUCCGCAACAGUGUUCUGUCCUGGUCACCCGCCAACUUGCCGUCAAAAGGCUCUCUGAGUUGUUUCAGAAAGGAUCAAAAUGAACUCUAACCAAGACGUACCUCAAACGUCAAGUUCAACUGUUGUAUUUGACAAAUGUUAAUGGAUUUUCACCCUUUCAUGGAGCCCCUGUUUGGAUAUCAUUUUAUUUACUGCUGUGCAGUUUGAAGGUGUUAGCCCGCUUUAUGAUUUCCUAAAAUAACUUGCACGUGUUGUCAAGAAAUGUGGUCAGAUAUUUAAGCAAAUCCUUACAAUAAAUAAUAAUAAACAAAGGGAACCUGCAUUAAGAAACAACCAUUUUUAUAAGUAUUCUAUUUAUUCAAUUAAUAAAGUUAAGUAACACCCAACUGCCUCCUGUAAAAACAGAUUGCUUGCUUCCAGUCAAUAACCAAUGCAGUGUUGACUUGUUGAUCAGGCAGAGAUGCUUUAUCUUUUAAGUACAUUUGUCGGUUCUUGAGCAUGAACUGAUCUUUAUGUUUCCUUCCACAACACCUUCAUUGGGGAACAUUCUGAUGUAGGCUUGCUUCUCGGCCAUUCUGAUUUAGGCUUGCUUCUCGGCCAUUCUGAUGUAGGCUUGCUUCUCGGCCAUUCUGAUGUAGGCUUGCUUCUCGGCAAUUCUGAUGUAGGCUUUCUUCUCGGCCAUUAUGAUAUAGGCUUUCUUCUCGGCCAUUCUGAUGUAGGCUUGCUUCUCAGCCAUUCUGAUGUAGGCUUUCUUCUCGGCCAUUCUGAUGUAGGCUUGCUUCUCAGCCAUUCUGAUGUAGGCUUGCUUCUCAGCCAUUCUGAUGUAGGCUUGCUCGUGUGUUUUGGGUCGUUGUCUUGCCACAUGACCCAGAUGUGUGUCAGCUUCAUCUCACGGACUGAUGACCUGCCAUUUGUCCUCCAGUAUGUACUGAUAGAGUGCAGAACCAUGGUUCCUUCAGUGAUGGCAAGUGAUUUCCAUUUCUUCUUGCAGACAGCAAAAGGCCUUCCCAAAACGCCCCACUCCCCCACCACCAUACUUGACCUUUGAUAUGGGGUGAGUACUGGGAAAUCCAGUGUUCGGUUAACUCAAUUUGUGAAAACACAUUGAAGAGAUGGAAGUUUGUCAAAACCUGUCAGGACUUAUCUCGACCGCUGAAAGAAUGUUCUGUGAGUGAGUCAAAGAAGUGGAGCUUUUUAGAACACAGGUCACCUUUCUGGUGAAAACGGGUGUUGCAUAACUUUCUUUGAGGAAAUAAAUUAAAUUAGCAUCCGAAUGUAGUGUGUUUGUUCGCUCAGGUUCCUUUUAUUUAUUAUAAGGUGUUGGCUGCUGAUCUGAACACAUUCAGUGAAAAGGUCCCACUGUGCGUGGAUCAGUUGGUAGAUUACGGUACUUGGGAGUGCCAGGGUGGCAGGUUUGAUUCCCACAGGGGGACCUGUACAAAAAUGUAUGCACUCACUACUGUUAAGUCACUUUGUUAAAUCAGACUUGUCUUUCUGUUUCAAACUAAAACAUGCAAAAUGAUAGACAAAUACCUGUCUGUGAAAAAUUAUGCGCAGUGGAGGUGACUUUUAACAAGAGGAAAGUUUAACGUUCAGGAAAGCAAUUGAUAAGACAGUAUACUUGACCAAAUCUGCCCAAAUAUAUAUAUAUAUAUAUAUAUAUAUAUUCAUAGAGGUCAUCAUAUGUUAGAGAUUGCUGCUAAUGAGCACAGUUCUACUUUGUAAUUUACAACCCUCUAAGGACCAUCCAACUUUAUAUGAACAGAGAUAUAUUCAAUGUCAGUAACCAAGAAACCCAGCAGGAACAACAUGGAACACAGCAGCAGUAUGUAUAAGCGUUGGAAUACAGUUGACCUUUAUCUACCUAACACCACUUUACUGGCAGUCUAAAUGUACUUUGUGUCCACUGUGGUCUAAGGAGAAUACAUUUUACUAAGGUUCUACCCUACCAACUUGUGUUAAAAACGGUUCUUUCCAACAGUACAGCAUUUGUCAUGUAACAAAGUUCUUGGAUUCCUGUACACCUUCUCUACACAUUAUUUAUGUGUGUGUUUAGUCUCACCAGCUUUAUGUCAUUCCAUAGCAUGCAUGGUGUACAAUGUCAGCCAUUGGCUUUUGGAUUUUACUUCUCUAUGAGGAGCAUGGCUUAUCUUACAACACUUCUGAGAAAGAUCAACAUAAAUUAUUCCAAAGUUCUUACUCAUUCCAUUAGGAAGUUGAUAUCAAGGUUUUGGUUGCAAAGGAAUGUUUUUUUUGGAAUCAGUUCAUUGCUUGAUUGACAGGUAUAUUGCCCUGGCUGUAUUAAUCUGAUGGAUAGAGUAUGUUUCCACCUAUUUACUCCUAUUGUUCUUGUGCCAAAGCUUUUAAUAUUUUCUACAUUUCAACAACAAACCAAACAUGUCUCUUGCUUUUAUCAUUUUACUCUCUCUAAAGCUUACCUGAUGCUUGUUGCUUGCAAAUACACUAAUAAGCUACAAUCCGUUCACACUUUUGUGGAUAUUUGCUGGCAAAUAUUACACACUUAAAAACUGCAGUUUGGUUGGUUAUGUUUGUUUUAAUCCAUUUGUUGGCUUUAAAAUGUUUGACAUUUCACCCUGAUGACAAAACAUGGCGCAGGGUGACAAACAUUAUAGGUCGACUUCAAAUUCCUGAAUGUGUGACCAAUUCCUACGUUGACGAUUAACAGUGCUUUCAACAAGUUGUCUUUCUGCCAUUCUCAGUGUCCAGGUGUGUGCAGACAUUUGUGCCACAGAGAAAUUCUCUUUAAAAUUAUUUGAUAAACCACAUUGCAUUUGUCAAGUUUUUGUAUAUUGUCAUCCAAUGAUUGUGCUUUUUGUAACUUUUACGUCUAAUCAGUAUUGUAAUAUAUGGAUAUAACAGUUUGUUUUCUAAAGAAUCCACAGACAUAGUGUAUGUAUAUGGCCCGAGUUCUGAUCUGAUGUCUGCUUUUGUAUUGUGUAUUGUCUUUAAUAUGGCAUGGUGGAAUUAAACUUACAUGUUUUUUUUGUUGA